UUUCUAGCAAUAUCAAGGAUUGAGAUUUUUACUUUGUUAAUAUUUCAUAAUUUUUGUAUGUCUAAAUGUGAGUUGUGAUUAGUGUAUUGUAGCAAAUAAUGAUUAUUAGAUGUGAUGAUUCACUGUAAUCGUUUAAUUAAGAGUAUAGGUGGAAUAUGAAUAGACUUUGGAGUAGAACUGAAACUUGUGAUUGGGUAGUUUCCAGAUUUUUGAGUAUACAUGGUAGGUUUUAGUUCCAAAAAUUAGGGAACCUGUUUUGAUGGAUUAGUUUUAGAUUUCAAAUGUCUGAAACUUGGAACUGCUUAUCUCUAUAGAGAAAUAAGUGGGAUGCAGAAACUACAGCAGCAGGCCAUCUGGCCAAAAGAACUCGACAUCUAAACCACAGUUUUACCUGACUUAGCUAUCGGACGUGUGUUCCUCUCUUGACAUACCAUCAAACCAAUCAAAGGGUUCUGUACUUUUCUUCAACCUGAUUAGAUAACAUGUUGUGAAGGCAUUAAUGCAGCAAACACGAAGGCUUGCUUAAUCAUGCAAAAGCACUUGGGAAUCAUCUUGAACUUUUCUGUGAACUCUUACUAAUUCAACACGGUAUCCAUGUAAGUCCUUGUCUAAUUGUGAGCAACGUACUACUGGUAAGGCCGACUAUCUGUGUUUGCCUAUCAUUAAGUUCUGUAAUUGUGUAAUUGUGUUAAAUUACGUCAUUUAGGGCACUAAACUUUUAUUAAACUAGGGCCUAUUCGUGCCACUUUCAAGUUAGCUGUAUAAUUGUGUUAAAGCUCUAUUGAUUCACGUUAUUAUAAGUCUUGACAUGCAUGAAGUAUGCCUAGGCCGCCGGCUCUGGCCUUGCCGGAGCACAUCACUUGCCCUGCUGAAUAAAUAGAGGGAACUGCUGCUCAUGUGACUUCUGAAAUGUCUGCAUUUGGUAGGACGAGAGCAAGUCGUGUAGUUUGAUUUUCGCAUUAGAUAAAUCAGCAAUGCCAUGUGCAAAUAAUUUAAUGAGGCCUUUAAAAUUUUUCACCAGUGCAAUUUGGUCUUCUAAAUUCUGUUUCGUGCAAUCAAAUCUUCUGACUUUCUUGAUUUGUGCAAAGAAGCGUUUUGUUUACGAAGGCUGACUAAUACCGUCGAAUUAUGAUUUAGUUUUUGUUUUUCCCGUUUGUUUUCUACUCAUUUGAUAGCAAAUUAACAUCACUGUGUCAUUUCCAUCACAUAAGCAACGCUACGUCGUUAACUAAGUUGACGGUUUGGCUAUAGUGUUGGACUGAAGGAUUUGAUUACACAAAGUCCAGAGAGUUAGAGGACUUGAUUGCAAAAAAAUAAAACUUAAAAGACCGAAUUGCACAGGUAAAACAAGCUAAGAGAAUUUAGUUAAACAAAACAAAAUUGGAGGAUCAAACCGCACAAAUGUUGAAACUUAAAAGGACUAAAUCUGUACUUAACCCGAAGAAAAAAAGUUCAUCAAGCUGCAAGUUGAACAUGAUAAGUUAUUCUGAAGGCACAGGAAAUCUGUCUUAAUAGAUUUUUGAUGGUUCUCUUGGUUAUGAUCUGUGUGAAGGACAUGAUUGCCUGAGAAUGAUCGUGAACAAGAGACCACACAUGAUCAGUGAAGGAGAUGACAUUGGGUGGACUCCUCUUCAUUAUGCUGCUCACUUUGGCAAAGUCGAAGCAGUUCGAAUAUUAUUGCAGCAUGAGGUUUCCACUGCUUACCUGUUAACCAAGGAUGGCGCCACCGCUCUUCAUAUUGCAGCACUUCUUGGCCAUAUCAAUGUACUGGACGAGCUGAUUGCAUUCUGUCCUGAUGUUUGCGACUCGAUAAACAACAGAGGACAAACCGCUCUUCACUCUGCAGUAUUAGGCCGGCAGAUAAAGGUCGUCAAGCACAUAUUGGAGAUGCCGAACCUGGGGGAUCUUAUAAAUGUACGUGAUAAAGAUGGAAACACCGCUCUCCAUUUGGCUGCUCUUUGCCGAGAUUACAGCAUGAUGAACAUCCUGGUAUUUGAUAAGAGAGUCGACAUCAGAGCCACGAAUAAGGAACGUUUGACAGCCCUAGGAAUUUUCGAUGAUCAUGAAAAGGUUGGCCUUAAAGCUGCAAAACUUCAGUACUUGCUGGAAGCAUGGUUUUGUGUCAACGAUAUGCAAGACCGGGUUAUUAAACAUGUAAAGAGACUUGAGAAGCAAUAUGGUGAGGAAAGAUCAAGCAUUUCCAUAACCACAGGGAGCAUGGCCUACCCAGAGAAAUUCGAUACAUCAAAAGGAUGUGCGCAUGACAACCAUCUGCUCACCGCAGUGUUUAUCGCCACUGUCACCUUCACGGCAGCAUUCACAAUGCCUGGUGGCUACAACAACAUUGGACCUGACCAAGGGACAGCAACUUUCGCAAGACGAGCAGCUUUCAAAGCCUUCGUGGUGUUUAACACAACAGCAUUCUGUUUCUCAGUCCUUGCAAUCUACCUCCUGUUCGAUUUGUCUCUAACUGGCAACUUUGAGCCCAUGGGAAUGCGAUAUGUGCAUGUUGCUGGAGUCAGUAUUUACAUUGCUGUUCUAGGUAUGGUACUAGCCUUUGCUUCGGGCAUGUACAUUGUGUUGGCCAAAACCAUUGGGUUGGCAAUCAAGGGUUAUACUCUGGCAGGGUCACUGGUAAUGAUUUGCUUGAUCAUUCGAUUCAUGAACCCAGAGAACAGGUUUGGCUUCCGAACUUGUCCACCUGCAAGAUCCAUCAGGAACUUGUCGGUUGGUUGUGGGAGGAUUAGGACUGCUGGUAGGGAAUCUAGUCUUCAAUCGUCAUAUACGUGCAGGUUGUGAUGGGUAAGGAAUGAAAACAGAGAAUGUAAACUAGUUGAUUCCAUUCUUUAUCAUGUAUGUCCACAUUGGAAUUUAUCAUAUAUCAUUGAACCAGUCAAUUUAGCAAA